CGUCAUCCUGGGUGGAGUCUACGUUCUCCCCGAGGGCUCCCCGUUAUACCGAGAGACGGACGACAACCGGACCGAGCAGCUGAACGGAUGAAAAGGACCGAGCAGAGAAUAUCCUGACCCAGUGCCCGCAGACGGAGCCUGCCCCAAGCCAGUCAGGAAACCACUCCUGAAACGCCCAAGCCAGUACACUCCCUGCAUAUCGGAUAAAAAGCAGAGGUCAUCUCUUGUCGAAGAGAAUAUUGACAUACUGAACACGAGCAAGCCAUCCACCCAGUCGACUGUUUCAGUUCAGAUAUUGUUACCCAAUGACCAAGCAGAAAUCAAGUCCACUGACUUCCUGAUCAACACAUCUACACAGACUGAUGAAACAUGGAUAUCAGUAAUGGACAUACUAGCUCUGGCAGCAGAAAAACAUGAUUUGAAGCAACAAUUACAAGACAAGUCAAGAGAAAUAAGAGAGUUGAACAACGAAGUGGCAUCACAUGAGAAGACAAUUCAGGAAUUGCAGAGAGAGCUUCAACAAUCAUCAUUAUUUGCCAUAGAUGUUGUGAUCACAAAAAUCAAAAACCUAUUCAAACACUAUACAGGUGUUACAUAUGUGAGAUUUCUCACACUACUAACAUUUCUGCUACCCCAAGGAGAGGACAUUGAUUAUUCAUCAGGGAGAAAAGACAUCAAGAGACUUAAACCUCAGGAUGUAUUAUUGCUUACUCUCUGUCGAUUAAGGCAUGGGUUUCGACUUAAGACAUUGCAGUUCGCUUGACUAAGUCCUCAGUCAGCAGGUAUCAUUCUCAACACAUGGCUUGAUCUGUUAUAUUUCAAGCUAGGGCAGAUUCCAAUAUGGCCACACAGGGAUGAUAUAAUACAACAUAUGCCUGAAAAAUAUCAUAGAGACUAUCCAACAACAUUAAUUAUCAUUGAUGGGACAGAAGUCAAAACACAGACCCCAUGUGCUGUAAGUUUGCAAAGUCAAGUCUACAGUGAUUACAAGUCCUCUUCUACUCUUAAGGGUUUGAUUGGAUGUGAUCCAAAUGGAAGCUUAAUGUUUGUUUCAGAACUAUUAACUGGUUCAAUAUUUGAUAAAGCAAUCACUGAACAGUUUGGGUUUUAUGAUGUCAUUAAGUCGAUGAAAGAAAUUGGACACAUUAAUGAAGGUGAUGGCAUCAUGGUUGACAAAGGUUUUUCUAUCAUGAAUGAAGUUGAAAAACUAAGUUUGAAACUGAAUAUACCUCCAAAAGGAAAGACAGGAAAACAAUUCAACAUGGGAGAAAAUUCAUGUAGAGAAAAAGUGGCAAGGCACAGAGUUCACAUGGAGAGGUUUAUUAACAAGGUGAAACAGUAUAAAUUAUUGUCAAAUUGUGUUCCAACAUCUCUAUUCUCCAGGCUAAACAAGAUUUGGUCUGUUUGUUGCCACCUGACAUUAUUUCAGGAUGCUUUGUUUAAGUAAUGGUGCAUAUCUAAGUUGUUGAAUGAGGUCAAGCUACUACUGUAUACAGCACCUCGUAAUAAAACAAAAUUUCAAACUCUUCUGAAAUGUUUUUAAC